CCACCAUUACCUGACAAGUACCAGAGUUGGUCUCUCUGUGGAUGCCUAGAGAAGCCGCCAGAGUAGUUUCUGCUUUUCACACAGUGGCUUUCUGAUCUGUGACGGAGAAGAGAAUUCUGCCCCCGAGUCAUGGCCAAAAGGCAGAACUAACUGUGAGCCUCAGUCUGAGAGAAUCUUCCUCUCAGGAUGCAGCUGAGGUGGGCCUCAGACAGCAAGAUGCACCAGGCGAUCCUGCUCACAUUGCUUCUCUAUUCAAGCCUCCAGGCUCAGGAGAACUCAUUCACCAUUAACUCUGUCCGCAUGGAAAGCCUGCCGUCCUGGGAGGUUCCAAAUGGGCACAACCUGACCCUGCGGUGUCUUGUGGAUAUCAGCACCACCUCACAAGUCAGGUCCCAGCACCAGGUGCUGUUCUAUAAGGAUGACGCGCUGGUGUACAACGUCUCCUCCAGGGAACACACAGAGAGCUUCUUCAUUCCCCAGGCUCGGGUCUUCCACACAGGGAGGUACAAAUGCACUGUGAUCCUGAACAACAAGGAGAAAACCUCUGAAGAGCACCAGGUGUCGGUGAAAGGUGUGCCCAACCCCAUUGUGACACUGGACAAAAAGGAGGUGACAGAAGGUGGAGUUGUGACAGUCAGAUGCUCUGUGAAAGAAGAACAGCCACCAAUAUAUUUUAAGAUUGAAAAAGUAGAACUGGAUACGAAACUUGUAAAGCAAACCAAACAGUUAGCUACAGUCUCUAAUUCUGUGGUAAUGGAUUUCCCCGUGGAGGAGCAGGACCACGUGCUGGUAUUCCGCUGCCAAGCUGGGAUCCUGUCCAGCAGCCACCUGCAGACCUCAGAAUUCACCCGGAGCGAAUACGUUACCGUGCGGGAGUCCUUCGCUACUCCCAAGUUUCAAAUAAAGCCUUCUGGAGUGAUCAUAGAAGGAGACCAGCUCGACAUUAAGUGCACAGUUCAAGUGACACACUUAGUCCGGGAAUUUCCAGAAAUUAUAAUCCAAAAGGACAAGGCUAUUGUGGCCACCUCCAAACGGAACAAUGCAGCUGUCUACUCAGUCAUGGCCAUGAUGGAGAAUAGUGGCCAUUAUACCUGCAAAGUAGAAUCUAGCCGCAUCUCCAAGGUCAGCAGCAUCGUGGUCAACAUAACAGAGCUGUUUCCCAAGCCGAAGUUGGAAUUCUCCUCCAGGCAGCUGGACCAAGGGAAAAUUUUGGAUCUGUUUUGCUCUGUCCCGGGCAUACCUACAGCCAACUUCACCAUCCAGAAGGAAAAGGUGAUCUUGUCUCAGGAUCAGAACUUCAGCAAGAUUGCUGAGCACAGGGACAGUGGGGUGUACAGCUGUACCGCAGGCAUCGGCAGAGUGGUCAAGAGGAGUGACCCGGUACCCAUAAAGGUGUGCGAAAUGCUGUCUAAGCCUAGGAUAUUUCAUGACGCCAAGGCUGAGGUCAUAAAAGGACAUGCUAUAACCAUCAGCUGCCAGUCUGUAAAUGGAACUACACCUGUCACUUACACCCUCAUAAAAGGCACAAGUGUCUUCCUGGAUCUCCAGACGAGCUCCAAUGACCCAGUGACAUUCACAGAUAAGCCCACUGCAGACGUGGACUACCAGUGCUUAGCGAGUAAUUGCCAUUCCCACCCCGAGCUGCACAGCGAGAUCCUGCAGGUCAAGGUGAUAGCCCCGGUGGACGAUGUCAUGAUUUCUAUCUUGUCAAGUAACGAGGUUCGGUCUGGGGAUGAAAUAGUACUUCGAUGCUCUGUGAAAGAGGGGACUGGCCCAAUCACGUUCAAGUUUUACAAAGAAAACGAUGGCAGACCCUUCCACGAAACCGUCCUGAAUGACACCCAAGCGUUUUGGAUUGAGAAACAAGCCAGCAAGAAGCAGGAGGGACAGUACUAUUGCACAGCCUCCAACAGAGCCAGCCUUCUAAGCAGUCCCCGAAGCAGCACUCUAACGGUCAGAGUCUUUCUUGCUCCGUGGAAGAAAGGGCUCAUUGCGGUGGUUGUCAUUGGAGUGAUCAUCGCCAUGUUGAUAGUUGCCGCCAAAUGCUACUUCCUGAGGAAAGCCAAAGCCAAACAGAAACCCGUGGAGAUGUCCAGGCCGGCAGCUCCACUUCUGAAUUCCAACAAUGAGAAGGUUUCUGAGCCCAAUGUGGAAACCAACAGUCAUUAUGGUUAUGAUGAUGCUGGAAACGACACAGUGAAACCAGUAAAUCAAAAUAAAGACUCCCAGAGCAUGGACGUGGAGUACACAGAAGUGGAAGUGUCCCCCCCUGAGCCUCACCACGCUCUGGGAACGAGAGCCACAGAGACGGUGUACAGUGAGAUCCGGAAGGUGAACCCUAAUGUCGUGGAAAACAGAUAUUCUAGAACGGGCGGCUCGCUUGAUGGAACUUAAGACAGCCACGACAGGUGCACGUGCCUGGGAGGGCACCCACGUCCCAAGAAGAGCAGCCGAUUCCCGUAUUCCAAGAGUCCUGCGCACUUAUUUAGGAACCGGCCCUGCCCACGCUGAAAGUAGCAUUUCUUCAGGCCGAGCCAUCCAUUCUUAAAUCUCUUGCCUUAUUAAUGUUGGGUAUAAAGAGAAUCAGCGGGGCAGUUUAGUGGCCAGCCUGACCGUCCUUCCAAGCUCAAGCAUCCUUGCAAUUUGGAAGAGUGAGAGGAGGUUCGGGGUGAACAAACCCCUGGAAUAUUUUGAAUUUCAAAUGCCGCAUCUCAGAGAGACAACGUGCUUUUUCACGUGCCUCCUACAAGGAAGCGUGGUUUUGUCCUGUAGUCAGUUAGUUACUUUUAGCGAAUGGUCUGGACUCCGGGGGUUAGAUUUUGUUUUGUUUUGUUUUCUUUCUGUCUUUCUUUUUCCUUCUGGGCAGGCCUUGCUCUUUGGAAGUAUACAGUGCUGCUCAGACAGUCACCUGUGGCCUGUAUGGUGGCUUCCCUCACGAACGUGGGGUGGGGUGGGGGUGGGGCGGCUGACUGGGAGGAGCGCCUGUGGAGCGGCAGCUUGAAGGCAAGCCACAAGCAGGUGAAAAUUAGACUGGGGAGAGCGAGCUCAGAUGUCCUUUAACUGCUUUCCGGGUCUUUCUUUUCCCUUUUCCUCUCCCUUGCUGCAGGCCUAAAGAGGAGAAAUGGUUGCCUACAGCAAAUGGCAUUUUUUUUAAUAAUAAAAGAAAAUGUGUACUUUUCUCACUAAUUUUUCUUUUAUUUAUUCCCCGCUAAAGAAACGGUCUCCUGAGGUCCUGGGCUGUUUCCAAGGGUGGCCUGAGUGGGGGAUGGGAGCUGCCUCCAUGUUGCCGUGGAACAUUCAUAUCUAACAUCAUCUUCCCUGUUUGUCUCAGCCACCCGGCUGCAGGGCCCCUGAGGGGUGUUGUAUUAAAUAAAAUUGAUUUUUACUCUCCA